CAAAAGUGAUGAAAUUUGAAGUAAACAGUGUAUAAGAAAAAAAAAGCAACGCUCGUGAACAAUGUCGGAAUGCGAUCUGCGCAAUAUUACGCCUGAGAAGAUGUCCAUCAAACAAAAUGAAAAUAUUUCCCCUCAAGAGGUUGGGAUUCCGCAACGAACAAGUAUGAACGCGGCGGUGAAACGUGUGCCGCUGAAACUCUCAAUACCGGGUGCGAAGUAUCAGUUCCCGGAAUCACACCAACCCAACACGGCACCGGUCCAUCCCUUCAUCGGAAGUAAAUUGAACCAAACUCCCGAGUUCAUCACCGGCAGUCCGUUAUCCGCUGGUAGUCGGUUCGGAACGUUGUCUCAGAGGAUGGGAGAGUUUGAUCAGUUGGAGGAUGGUUUCAUGCUAGGAUCUUCGCUGAUUUCCGGUUUCGACAGCAAUGGGUCUCUGCAGAUUGGUAGCAUGACAGCGAGCCCUGAACACUCUCCUCUGCUGGCGCAAUUGAUGGAAGCAACCGGUAGCUCGCCGGGGGGCAUAUCGAGCCAAGGCAGCGGAAGUACUUCCUCAAUAACACGGCUAAUGCGGCUCAGCCCAGCGCAACUGCACGGCUGCUAUCAACAUCUCGACGAGAUGUCCGACCUCGCCGAAACGGGCAACACAACGAUCGGGCCGCCUACGCCUCCAACGCGUUCCAGCCAGAAUCUGUUCAACACCUCCAAUGCAUCGUCGGCAGCGGCAGUGGCAGCCACCAGUGCGAAUGCGACGUCCACAAUGGCAUCCACAACAGCACAGGAGCUUCUAAGCAGCAGCAAAAGCUCCAAACUAUCGUCAGCAUCAAGCUCCACCACAUCUCGAAUGGCCAAGACGUCUUCGACCCAACGACUGCAACACAUGUCUUCCCUCACAUCUUCCUCGUCCUCCUCCUCCUCAUCUACCUCAUCUUCUUCCACAUCCACAAAAGCCUCAUCGGCAGCUGCCAUCAAACAGGGUCUUGGUGAGAUGCAGAACUCGAUGGCCGAGAUGAAAAACAUGAUGGGCCACAGCAGUGCAUCCCAGAUUUCCACAUCGUCCUCGUCCACAAUGUCCUCCUCGUCGUCACAGUCGAGUCAACUGAAGAAGGUUGCUCUCGCCAACAGCUCAUCCAAUUUGAGUGAACUCCAGAAAAGACUGCGAUCUUCCAUGGAUAGUUUGGACGAACCCGCACCCGAGUACCAAGUGACCCACCCAGACUCCGAUAGUGAGUCGAUGGUCAUGAUGAAACCACCGAAUGGGGUGGUGCAGAACAGUCAUCUGAUGAACGGUUCCGUCGAUACGGUAAAGUUCGAGCAGAAAAAGAUGACUUCCGAGUCGAAAACAAAAGUGGUUACGGACAAUUUCAGCAGCGAACAAGCCACUGUGAACUCGGCACAAAUGAAGAAACUACAGGCCGGCGAUGUUCAGUACCAGGAGGAGGCCGCUCUGGCAGCGAUGAGCAACAAGAUGGAAGUUGAUGGUGUGAAGACGGAGGAGAAAGGCGCUCUGCUGAAGGAAGCUCGCUCGAUGAAGAUGGGUGAUUUCCAACAGGCAGAAGCAAACAAUAUAGCAGCGCACAGUGUGAAGGUGCAAAGUGAUCAUUUCAGUGCGGAGAAGAAAGCCAUCACACAGGCACAGCAACGCCAGACGGUAUCAUCGACGGGAAUCUUCAACCAGGAAAAGCACGUUUCCUCGGCCACGCAAUCCAAGUUCACCUCCCACAGCACGGUCACGUCAUCCUCGCAGAUGAGCACACAUUCGACCUCGAUGAACGGCACCACCAUCAGUUUGGGCGAGGAUUUCCCAUCGUUCGACGAUCUGGAGCGGCUUGGCAGCAAUCCAGCGGAGAUUGAGAAUGCUAUCCACAAGUACUCGAAUCACUUCACGACUUACGUUGAAAAUUUACAAACAGUGGAACAGAUAAAGAAGGCACCAAAUUUGCUGAAUGUGAUGAACGAAAUAAUACGACGAGCCUGGGCUGUACCAACUCAUGGCCAUGAAUUGGGAGCUAGCCUGUGCGACACAUUACGAACCACGGGAGGGCUAGAUAUUCUGAUGAAGAACUGCAUUGACAACGAUUCGGAUGUGCAAUUUUCUUCGGCGAGAUUGCUGGAGCAGUGUUUGACCACAGAAAAUCGAAUGCACGUUGUUAAGAACGGACUUGAUAAGGUGGUUAACGUGGCGUGUGUUUGCACAAGAAAUAACGCUACGGACCAUUCACGGGUUGGUACAGGAAUCCUGGAGCAUCUGUUCAAGCACAGUGAAGAUACAUGUUCGAACGUGAUUCGAUUGGGAGGUUUGGAUGCGGUGCUGUUCGAGUGUAGAAAGAACGACGUAGAAACGCUGAGACAUUGUGCUGGAGCUUUGGCCAAUCUGUCACUGUAUGGUGGGGCAGAAAACCAGGAAGCGAUGAUAAACCGCAAGGUGCCAUCCUGGUUGUUCCCUCUAGCCUUUCAUCACGACGAAAAUAUUAAAUAUUACGCCUGCCUCGCGAUAGUUGUGUUGGUAGCAAACAAAGAGAUAGAAGCGGAAGUAAUCAAAUCUGGUACGCUCAACCUUGUGGAACCAUUUGUAACGUCCCACAAUCCGUCCGAGUUUGCCAAGUCAAAUUUGGCCCACGCGCACGGCCAGAGCAAACACUGGUUGCAAAGACUUGUACCAGUAUUAAGUUCAAAACGAGAAGAAGCUAGAAAUUUAGCCGCAUUCCACUUCUGCAUGGAGGCUGGCAUCAAGAAAGAGCAAGGCAACACAAAUAUAUUCAAAGAAAUAGGAGCUAUCGAGCCGCUCAUCCGGGUUGCCAGCUCACCGAACGCAAUCGCAUCGAAGUUUGCCGCCCAGGCAUUGCGACUGAUCGGCGAAGAGGUACCACACAAACUGUCCCAGCAAGUGCCUUUGUGGUCCACCGAAGACGUCCGGGAAUGGGUUAAACAGAUCGGUUUCGUAGAGUACGAACACAACUUCUUCGAUUCCAAGGUAGACGGAGAUUUGCUUCUGCAGCUAACGGAGGAUAACCUCCUGGUCGACAUCGGGAUGGGCAAUGGAAUCAGAAGAAAGCGCUUCGAGCGCGAGCUUCAAAAUUUGAAGAAGAUGGCCGAUUAUAGCUCACGAGAUCCCGACAAUUUGCAUAUGUUUCUGUAUAAGAUUGCUCCCGAGUAUACGAUCUACACGUACUCUAUGCUCAACGCAGGCGUUGAUCUGGAGUCACUCCGAAGCUUGGACGACGAUCAACUGGUGGCAGAGUGUAACAUCAGAAACUCCAUCCACAGGGCGAGAAUUUUGAAUGCGAUCAAGAGCAAUGAAACGAUUUCAUCGCUGACGUCGGAAAAAAGUACGGAGAAAAAUCUGGAUGUUUUCGUAAGCUACCGAAGAAGCAACGGAUCCCAGCUGGCAAGUUUGCUGAAGGUCCACCUGGAGCUGCGCGGUUUCUCGGUCUUCAUCGACGUGGAGCGGCUCGAGGCGGGCAAGUUUGAUAACAACCUGUUGCAGAGUAUCCGACACGCCAAGCAUUUUCUGCUGGUGCUUACACAGGACGCUUUGGAGCGAUGUGUCGAUGAUGCGGAGGGCAAGGACUGGGUGCAUCGGGAAAUUGUUGCGGCUCUUAAUUCGGACUGCAACAUCAUCCCGAUCAUCGACAACUUCCAAUGGCCCGAACCUGAACGGCUGCCAGAGGAUAUGCGCGGUGUAUGUCACUUCAAUGGUGUCCGAUGGAUUCACGACUACCAGGAUGCGUGUGUGGACAAAUUAGAAAGGUCUCCCCACGAAUUGUGCCAACUGCCUGAUUGUACAUACGGAAUACCGCUUACCGAAACGGUCGCUCAAGCGCAUCGUCGCAAAGAUCGAGCCAUUAAAAACAAAUGCUUGAAUCUCUUCUCAAAGACAAUGCAAAAGCGCAAAACGUGAAAACUGCCAAUGUGUGUUUGUGCUACCAAUACCGCUACCACUACCAGUCUCCUACCGCUAACAAACUACUCAUCACUAGUACUGCCGCCAGCUCUCGUCAAAAUCAAAAGAACUGUACUCAUCCCUAUGUGUUUAGUUUAAAACAAAAAGUGUGCGCGUGAAUCAAAAGCACCUCACAAGAUCACUGUAGUGUUUGGUGUUUGGUCUGUAACUGUAAACCUAAUCAAAUCAGGGCUUACUCGCCCUCGCAAGACGAGCGCGCCCUCCGUUGGACCAACGAUGAGCCCCACCGCAGUAGGCGUGAUGAGUUCCCAUGGGUGCACAUGAGCACAUGAGA